AUGAUUGGCGAUGAGCCCUACACCCUGGGAUUGUUCGAUACUGCUGGUCAGGAGGAUUACGAUCGUCUCCGUCCUCUUUCGUACCCUCAGACGGAUGUCUUCCUCGUUUGCUUUUCGGUCACUUCGCCUGCCUCCUUUGAGAACGUACGCGAAAAGUGGUUCCCCGAGGUGCACCACCACUGCCCCGGUGUCCCCUGCCUGAUCGUGGGCACCCAAACCGAUCUUCGCGACGAUCCCGCGGUCCGCGAGAAGCUUUCCCGCCAGAAGAUGCAACCGAUUCGCAAGGAAGAUGGAGACCGUAUGGCCAAGGAGCUGGGCGCAGUGAAAUACGUCGAGUGUUCUGCUCUCACGCAGUACAAGCUCAAGGACGUUUUUGACGAGGCCAUUGUUGCCGCGCUCGAGCCUGCUCCCAAGAAGUCGAAGAAGUGCGUCCUGCUGUAA